UUGCGCAGUGUUGAGGCGCAUCAAGGCAGCGAGCUGAGACAAACCAGCUAAACAUGGCUCAGUUCUCAUAUAGCAAACUGUCUCAUUUCCUGAGAAUAUCCGUUAAUAAAUGUUCAGUUUUACGAACAGGGACAAUAAUAAAACACGGACCUGCCUGCUGUGUUCAAUUCGUACGUUGCCAGAGGUCAGGGGACAGUAAGGCGUUACAGGAGAGACAGAAGCAGCAGAUGGCCAGAGGUCUUCCCAAACAGAAGCCGAUCACAGGUGUCAAACAGGUCAUUGUUGUGGCUUCGGGGAAAGGUGGUGUUGGCAAAUCCACCACCGCAGUGAAUUUGGCUCUUGGACUGAUGGCCAAUGAUCCAUCCAAGUCAGUCGGUCUGCUUGACGCCGACGUUUACGGUCCUUCAAUUCCCAAACUGAUGAACCUGAAGGGAAACCCGGAGCUCACUGACAACAAUCUGAUGAUCCCGCUCACCAACUACGGGAUUCCCUGCAUGUCGAUGGGUUUCCUGGUGGAGGAUGUGGCUCCCAUCGUGUGGAGGGGGCUGAUGGUGAUGUCAGCGAUAGAGAGACUGCUCAGACAGGUGGACUGGGGAUCGUUGGACUAUCUGGUUGUCGACAUGCCUCCUGGGACAGGAGACGUCCAGCUGUCAAUCACCCAGAACAUCCCAGUAGCAGGUGCAGUAAUCGUGUCGACGCCGCAGGACAUCGCUCUGCUGGACGCUCGCAGAGGAGCGGAGAUGUUCAAGAAAGUUCACGUGCCGGUGCUCGGUCUGGUGCAGAACAUGAGCGUCUUCCAGUGUCCCAACUGUAACCAUCAGACUCACAUCUUCGGCUCUGAUGGGGCCCGAAACCUGGCAGACACUCUGGGAGUCAAGUUAUUAGGUGAUGUUCCUCUGCAUCUAAACAUCAGAGAGAUGUCAGACAGAGGACGGCCGGUGGUCGUCUCCUCCCCUGACAGCCCCGAGGCCGAGGCGUACAAGAAGGUGGCGUCCGCUGUGGUCCAGAGACUAGAGGAGGUCAACACAUGAUUAACGGCUCCAACAGAAAGUCAGGACGUAGACUGGAAACAUACAUGAAGACGAUCCACAUGUGACAUUACAUGUUAAAACAGGCGCUUAGAAAACAAACAAACAUACAUAUAAACACACGAAACACAAACAGAAACGCACAAACUUCUUUGCUGUCGUGACGCACAAUAAGUUAAAUCUAAAGCACUGCUAUCAAAAGUACACACUGAGCAUAUACUGUGUAUUUAUACUGCAGUAUUACUGAAUAAAUGUGAUUCAUUUAGUUAUGUGAUGAUAUUUAAUAAAAAAUAAGUUAAAAGUCUG